UUUUACCCUAUUUUGAGCAGUUGUGAUCAGUGCUAUUUAUGGACCAAAUCAGUAAUGAUGGACACGACCAUUUGCCAUGUGCUUCACUUAUGGCCAGCAGCAACAGCGUAGUACGGUACGAAUGAGGUAGGCGUAUGCCUAAACGUCUCUGAGGUUAAACGUUCCAAGGAUAAUGUCGCUGUAUCGCAACACAGUCUGGCUGUUCAAAGGCCUAAGGGAGUACACACGGGAUGGAUAUGAACGGGCAGCUCGGAAUUUCCAUGAAGAGGAUAUGAAGGUUGACUGCAAAGGGAAGAAGAUUGUAAUCACUGGUUCCAACAGUGGAAUUGGAAAGGUCAUGGCAGCUAAAGUGGCCAAGUUAAAUGCUCAAGUCCACAUGGUCUGCCGUGAUGUACAGAAAGGUGAACAGGUUCGCCAGGAAAUCAUGAAACAAUCAGGAAAUAAUGAUGUUCAUUUGCACCAACUGGACUUGUCAAAGCUAAAGGAUGUGGAGAUGUUUGCUGCCUCCUUUGCUGAGAAAUACUCCCCAAUAGAUGUUUUGAUCAACAAUGCAGGAGUGUUAAUGGACUCAUGGGUUUUGACAGAAGAAGGUGUGGAGAAGACAUUUGCUGUGAAUACAGCUGGCUUACAUCUCUUGACCAAAGGGCUGAUCAAAGCACUGGAGUCUUCCCCAAAUCCCCGUGUGGUCAUUGUCUCUUCUGGUGGGAUGCUGGUCCAGAAACUAAAUAAGGAUGACAUCAAUAUGGAGUCCUUGAAGGGCAAGCACUUUGAUGGCACUAUGGCAUAUGCCAGGACUAAGAGACAAGAGGUGGAGCUAACAGAGGUCUAUGCCAAGAAAUAUCCCAAAAUCUGGUGGAGCAGCAUGCACCCAGGCUGGUCAGAUACACCAGGAGUCCAAGAUUCCAUGCCCAGUUUCUACAACCGGAUGAAGGAUCGACUCCGCACACCAGAGCAGGGAGCCGACACUGCCAUCUGGCUGGCUGUCUCUCCAGCUGCUACCAAAAAUCCUUCAGGGCUUUUCUAUCAGGAUCGAGCACCUGCAAGUACCCACCUUCCCUUGGCUUGGACUCACUCUAACAAUGCUGAGAAGGAGGCAUUCUAUGAUGCUAUUGAAAACUUCUGUGACAGGAUCCUCAAACCCUCAAUGUCUCCACAGUAAAAUUGGAAUGAAAUUUUUUGUCAUACUUUAUACAAAGUAUUGCCAGAUGAAGGCAUAUAUGUUAUUGAUCACUUUAUUAUAAGUGUAUUUUCUGCUGUUUUUCAUGAAGGAAGACUCUCAUGAUGUCCAACACAUGAUACCCGUCUUUUGAUUCAAUAACGUUUUGUAUAACCAUUGGAGUAAAGACAAUAACUCUGAUGAGAAUGGCAGGUAUCACAGAGGUGGCAGAUUCAUUCCUUCUAUGAUCCAGGCAAGGGAAUCCCUGAAAAAUAAAAAGCUUUAAUUAUAUUUUUUAUUCAUACUUGAAAGAAUGACUUGAUGAAAGGGACAAGUAAAAAUCCAGAACCUUGUAGAAGAAGAGAGUCAAAGGCCAUAGUCCACCCCCUUCCAGUCACAUUGGAGCUGGCCACAUAUCGAACCUCGACUGCAUUUGUUUCACCAUUGAAGGUUGAGGGUUGUUCCUGUGCAGAAAUGAUUCCCAAAAUUUACUCCCA